UAAAUAAUAACAGAUGGAGUAGUUAGUAUCCAUAGAAACCAUUCUUAAAAUCCAGCGGGGACUGGAGGGCGAUCGCUAGCAAAGGCGAGUUGUGGAUCUGAGAUUUUUCUCGGAAAGGAGGAAUUUCGAUCUCGUUUUUCUUCAUUGGAACCACGCUAAGCUAAAAAUGGGUGAAUCCAGUGCAGAAAUAGCAAAGGAUGUAACUGAAUUGAUUGGAAAGACCCCACUGGUGUAUCUCAAUAAGGUAGUAAAUGGCUGUAGAGCCCGGAUUGCUGCAAAGCUUGAGAUGAUGGAACCUUGCUCCAGCGUGAAGGACAGGAUUGGAUACAGCAUGAUUGCUGAUGCGGAGGAGAAGGGUCUUAUCACACCAGGACUGAGUGUCCUGAUUGAACCAACUAGCGGCAACACUGGUAUUGGACUGGCUUUCAUGGCUGCUGCCAAGGGUUACAAGCUUAUCCUUACAAUGCCAGCCUCAAUGAGUCUUGAGCGAAGGAUCAUUCUUAAAGCUUUUGGUGCCGAAUUGAUUCUCACUGAUCCAGUUUUGGGUAUGAACGGUGCUAUCCAAAAGGCUGAAGAGCUUGCUGCAAAGACACCUAAUUCGUAUAUUCUUCAGCAGUUUGAUAAUCCUGCUAACCCUAAGAUUCAUUAUGAGACAACUGGACCAGAGAUCUGGAAAGGAACGGGUGGAAAGGUCGAUAUUUUGGUUUCUGGUAUUGGAACAGGAGGCACAAUAACUGGAACAGGAAGGUACCUUAAGGAGCAAAAUCCCAACAUUAAGCUUUGUGGUGUGGAACCAACUGAAAGUGCUGUGUUAUCUGGAGGAAAACCUGGUCCUCAUAAAAUCCAAGGGAUCGGAGCUGGUUUUGUCCCUGGCGUUUUAGAUGUCAAUCUCGUUAAUGAAGUUAUUCAAGUCUCAAGUGAUGAAUCCGUUGAAAUGGCGAAGCUUCUUGCACUCAAAGAAGGGCUGCUGGUAGGCAUAUCAUCUGGUGCAGCUGCAGCUGCAGCCAUUAAAAUUGCACAGAGGCCAGAAAAUGAAGGAAAACUCAUCGUUGUCGUCUUUCCCAGUUUUGGUGAACGCUAUCUUUCGUCUGUGCUCUACCAGUCAAUUAAGAAGGAAGCCGAGAACAUGGUUUUUGAGCCAUGAAGGUUUUUUGUGUGCUAAGAAUCCCCAUCAAAGCAAUGUGAUGAAAGCAGUUGUCAGGGCUCUACCCUACUGCAAUUCGUGGCAAAAUAAACUCUACCUCGUUGUUAGCGUGGUGGAAUAAGGUUGAAUUUAUGAUCAACAGUUUUUGAAUUGAAUUUAGGCAAUUUACAAUAAAUAUGGAGUCGCUGUAUGGUAGUGUAAUUUUCAAGUUUAAAUUUACUGGAGUUGUUUUAGUUUCA